AUGGAAGACAUGAAUGAUGACGACCGCGAAAAGGAUCGGAUGGCCUCCGACAACCCAGCAAUGACCAUCCCAGCCAGCCAUAGCAUUUCAAGACCGCAAUUCGAACGCAUAAGAUCGCGGGGACGAGCCGCCACGACCUCCGACCCAGCAGCAGACAUGACCGAGGUCACCAAGCAGCCAACAUCAAGCAGUACAUUCUUAGCGCCGACAAGAUACGAUGUGGGCUGGCGCCGCGUGGUACGCAACUUCUCACCAUCGUGGUUCAGCGUGACCAUGGGGACAGGGAUCGUCAGUGUGCUGCUGAUCUCGAUCCCCUUCAAAGCAGCCUGGCUGUACUGGCUGUCGGUGGCAUUCUUCAUCCUCAACGCCGUCCUCUUCACAUGUGCAUUCCUCAUCUCGGUGCUGCGCUACACGCUGUAUCCCGAGAUCUGGUCCGUCAUGAUCGCCGACCCGACCAACAGCCUGUUCCUCGGCACCGUGCCCAUGGGCUUUGCCACGCUGCUUCAGAGCUGGAUCUGGCUGUGCUGUCCGUAUUGGGGCUACUGGAGCGUGACGGUCGCAUGGGCCAUGUGGAUGGUCGACGCCGUGGUCGCGGUGGCUGUGACGGUCAGUUUGCCGUUCCUGCUGAUGAGCCGGGCGCAGAGGCAGGAGUUGGAUCGCAUCACUGCCGCACAGCUGCUCCCGAUCGCGGCGACGAUCGUAGCGGCGGGUGCCGGUGCUAAAGUUGCAGAGAUUCUGCGCGACGAGGGCGCUGCCCUGGGGACGUUGAUCACGAGCUACGUGAUGUGGGGAAUGGCGACGCCGUUUGCGAUGACGGUCCUCGUCAUCUACUACCAGCGGCUUGCUCUGCAUAAAUUGCCGCCUCGAGAGGUCGUCGUCAGUUCGUUCCUCCCACUCGGUCCGCUUGGCAUGGGCGGAUUCACCAUCAUGUAUCUCGGGAAGGUGGCGCGUCAGGUCUUCCCAAGAGUGGAAUUCUUCCACAACCUCUCCAUCGCCGGCGACGUGGUCUACGUCAUGGGUGUAUUUAUAGCCUUGAUAAUGUGGGGGUUCGGACUGUGCUGGCUCGUUUUCGCACUCGCAACCAUUUACACCACGAGGCCUUUUCCUUUCAAUAUGGGUUGGUGGGGGUUUACGUUUCCGUUGGGUGUCUAUGCCAUCUCGACUAUGACUUUUGGUGUCGAGAUGCCUAGUCUAUUUUUCAAAGUGCUUGGAACGAUCAUGAGUGUUGCUGUAAUCAUACUUUGGUGCAUUGUAGCGGCGGGCACGGCGAGAGGGGCUUGGUCUGGGCAUCUCUUCAACGCCCCUUGCUUAAAACAGUUGAAGAAAGAGGAUAGAAAGCCCAAGGAGAAGGUGGAUGAUCGGGAGAAAUUGCCCGAGACUUAG